CUCUAAUUGGAAAUUCAACAAUGAUACCAUUCAUCUCGGCGGCUGUUUCGAACGCCGCGUGGAUCCUGGAAUCAAAACCAAUGUAACUUCGGUCUAGGACACGGAAAUUACCGUCGUCGACGAUACUAUGACCAAUCAGAUGUCUAUAUCGCCCCAUUGCACUAUGAAUAUGAAUGAACACGAGAAGAAUUUAAUGAUGGGAACGUUGGAGCAGAGAAAAGAGGCUUUCAAGGAGGACGAGGAGCUCAUGAGAGAAACUACGAAAUUUAUUAGCGAAGUGAUAGAGACCGCCGCUACGGAGGCUUCGAAAAGAAAGAUUCAGUCGGAGGGAGAUGGCACAGGCGAAGGUAGUAGAUUGAAGGGUGGCGAUACCAUCGCUGGCUGGAACAAUCGAGCGCGUGGAUUCUGCAAUCGUAUUCUGAAUGCGCUUUGCCCGUGCUUCACUAACCAUGAACUGUUCACCUGGACUCCGUACCGGUAUCGCUUCACAAGACCUUAACCGUUCGAUGACUCCCCGGAUUUUCCGUUCCGUCGUGCGAGCUUGCCACAAGCUAACAAAGAAACAAAAUAGAAUUAAGUUCUUUCCAUUGUUAAGUCGUAUCUCGAGUCGCGUAUCUCUCGUGCGGGCCAACUGAAGACAUCGCAUAUCCUAUUUGAAAAAUCGGCGCGGCUUUCUAAAUCUCGAUCUGGUUGGAGUAGAACACGUCGUUAAGGAAUGUAUUAAUCGUGUGUAAACAAUGGAGAGUGCCGUGCGUAACACACGAAUCGUCGUUGUCGACGUACGCCCUGAUAAAUCUUUCUGAUGUCUCGUGAAAAAAGACGAGAGUUUAAUCUGCUGUGGCUGCUGUGCAGCCGGGCGUGAAGGAAGCUACAUUAGUGUUCAAUGGAAGAGGUAACUAUAGGUGUAAUUGGAAGUGGCUCGUGUACUUUUAUUUCCGAGUAACUGCAUCGCCUUGUAGAGCAGUUUGAUGAAAAAAUAUGGCAAUAGUUAGUUUCUUAUUUUGUUCAACUUUGAGAUAGAGUCACUUUUACUAUUAUGCCUUCCAAUUCUGUAAGUUUCUCAAAUGAGGCAAUAAUGCCGCGUGACGAAUAGUUCCUCUCGCAUUCUUCGCGAUGUUAAACUUGCUUUGAUCUAACGUAUAUAAAAAAGGGACUUUUGUAUACAAUUAAACAAAACGUAUGUUUUGAUUUUAAUGUUUUUACCUUUUUC